UUGCAUUUAUAAAGAGAGAAUAAUGAAGAAGGAAGUAUUGUUUCAUGUUGUUCAUAAGGUUCCUUCAGGUGAUGGACCUUAUGUUAGAGCCAAAUAUGCUCAGAUAGUUCAGAAGGAGCCAGAAGCAGCCAUAGUAUGGUUUUGGAAGGCAAUAAAUGGAGGAGAUAGAGUGGAUAGUGCCCUUAAAGAUAUGGCAAUAGUCAUGAAACAACUUGAUAGAAGUGAAGAGGCUAUUGAAGCUAUUAAUUCUUUUAGAUGUCUCUGCUCCAAACAGGCACAGGAAUCCCUUGAUAAUGUCCUUCUUGACCUCUUCAAGAAAUGUGGAAAAGUAGAUGAACAAAUAGCAUUGUUGAAACAAAAGUUCAGACAAAUAUACCAAGGGCAGGUUUUCAAUGGUAAACCUUCAAAAACCGCUCGUUCACAUGGCAAGAAGUUUCAAGUUUCUGUUAGGCAAGAGACGGCAAGAAUUCUGGGAAAUUUGGGCUGGGCCUAUACGCAAAAGGGAAACUUUAUGGCAGCGGAAGUUGUGUAUAAGAAAGCCCAAAUAAUUGAUGCAGACAGCAACAAGGCAUGUAAUUUGACCCAUUGUUUAAUAAGGCAAGCUCGAUACGAUGAAGCUCGUAAUAUUCUUGAAAAUGUUUGGAGAGGUAAUUAUGCGGGUUCUGAAGAUCCGAAAACAAGGAACCGUGUGGAAGAAUUGCUAGUGGAACUAGAUUCGAGACAACCACCACCAUUUUUGCAAAACCUUCCGGGCUUAAAUUUGGAUGAUGACUUCAUGAAUGGGCUUGAACAUCUUAUAAAUGAAUGGGCUCCUCCGAAAUCAAGAAGACUACCAAUAUUUGAGGAGAUAUCUACUUUCAAAGAUCAAUUGGCUUGUUGAUU